AUGCGGAAACCGCGCAGCGGUUGCUUGAAGCUGCUCUAUCUGGCCGCCUUCGUAUGCGUGUUCUUGUUCGUUUCAAAUCAGCUGAAAAACUCGCAGUCGCUGGCAAAAGCUAUUGUGGCACCGUUCGAGAAGGAACGAGCGUUGCAUCCGCUUCCAGAAGAAUCCAAGGAAUAUGGUAACCAUGACCAUGGCGGCGGAGCUCAAGCAGAAGGUGCACCCCUGCCCAUAAUAAAAAAUGAAGACGGCGAUGGCGUUGAUCCUGAUCGAGUUGAUGGACCAGAUGCGGUUGCUUAUAAAGGAGAACAAGACCAGGAACAGAUGCCUGCCAUGGGUGCUGUAGCUGCAAAUGACGUUUUUGGGAAGCAGUCACACAAUGCCCGCCCUGAUUCAGACGACGACUCCUAUCCUCAUCUCAAUACGAAUGGGAAAUUCAUCCCAAAUCGUAGAAUCGUUCAUUUGGAUCUCAAAGGAGGCGCUUUCAGGCCCGAAUUCUUUACUGAAAUUUUCUACUACUUGAAUCGAAUAAAGGCAACUGGUAUUCUGAUCGAGUGGGAGGACAUGUUUCCGUAUACCGGCAACUUAUCUGUAGCUGUGAAUGGCAAUGCAUACUCUAUGGAAAACGUUGAGUAUAUAUUGAAAGAAGCAAAGCGCCAUCAUUUGGAAGUUAUUCCGCUUGUUCAAACAUUUGGUCAUUUGGAAUGGAUCUUGAAAUUGGAGCAGUUUGCCCAUUUGAGGGAGGAUGUGCGCUUCCCUCAAGUAAUAUGCUUCCCUGAGCCAGAAGCGUGGAAUUUAAUAACGGAUAUGAUUGAUCAGGUUGCAGAAGUGCAUAAGAAGCACGGAAUGCCAUAUUUUCAUAUGGGAGCCGAUGAAGCAUUUCAAAUAGGUGUCUGCAAUGCGAGUCUAGUAGAAAUGGGACGGCAAGGGUCGAGAGAUCGAUUAAUGCUUUGGCACAUCUCUAGAGUUGCGAAGUACAUCAAGGACAAAUACUCCACAACGGUGUUGGCAUGGCACGAUAUGUUUGGGCAUGCAAUGGAAUUCGAUCUUACAGCAUAUCACAUGACAGAAGUUUUGGAACCCGUGCUUUGGAGUUAUGCAGAGGACCUGGACUUGUACUUGCCGAAAACCACGUGGCUGAGUUUGAAGCCAUUUCGACGUGUAUGGGGUAGCUCAGCAUGGAAAGGAGCUGACGGCCCUGCAAGGUUCAACUCGAAUCCUGUACACUACAUCCGAAAUCAUGAGGCGUGGGUUGAGCAGCUGUCAAGGAAUUACCAUGAGUUCGAUGUGCUACAGGGUCUCAUUAUCGCUGGUUGGUCUCGUUAUGAUCAUCUAGCCAUUCUUUGUGAAUUAGCUCCUGUAGCGUUCCCGACGCUUGCAAUGUCGAUGGAAACUAUACUGGAGGGAAAACCUCUUCAAGGGAAUUACCCUGUUUCACGUGAGAUACUGCAGUGCACUCCUUCAACCACUAUGGGAAUCACGUAUGGUUGCCAGUUUCCGGGUAGCAAAAUCUAUGAGUUGAUCAAUGAAUUUUGGCAACGAAGGAAGCAGUUGCAACAGUAUAGAGAAGAUGAUUUUGAACUUAACGGGUGGCUUUCUCGUGUAGCUGACUCAUAUAUGAGUAGCAGUCAAUGGUACAUAGAUGAAACUGUCGAUGAAUUCAUUUUCACGUAUAUGGCAGAGGACAUUGAAUGGGUUCAACGUAAAAUUGAGUCAGCCCAAAGAAUCUCAAAACUUAAUCACUUCCCAAAGCGGCCAUUUGUACUUUUAAAGUCGCAUGAGGAGCUGUGA